AACAUGACAUAAAAGUAUAUUUUGUUUACAUACAACUGCACCGUGUCUAGCAAAUUUGAAAUUUUCAAUUCAAUCGAAUAAAAGUCACAGAAGACACGGAAUUAUUUUGCUACGAAAAUUUCAAAUUUCAAAAAUAUGUGUCGAUAUUCUUCUAACGCUUAAAUUGUAGUAAAAAAUUCAUAAAUAAUUUGAUUUCAUCAAUGAGUCAUAACGUUUGUAAAGCAAACCGACCAACAACAAACAACGGCAGAAACACGUGAAAAACGGAGCGUGUAUGGUGAAGUUCGCAUUACGAAGCUGAAAAUCGUUUUGAGUGAAAAAUAGAGAAUUAAAAAUUUUACGACAGUGAGCGAUUCUCAGAACCAACAAAAAAUGGCCGUUUUCAAAUUUGAUAUACGCAGCCUCUUUCCAAAACCUAUUGUGAAGGUCGACUCCAGCCUGUUGCCACACACGUUUCACGGCAAUCGGCGGCAAGCACUCGAAGCUACAGCCAAAAUGUCAGCCAUUAUUGAUCAUUUGGGACAGCUGUCGGCCAUCGCGCAAAAACUGAAUAUACCCAUUACAACGGCGCAGAAACUACGUAAGUCUGACAAUCAAAUCGUCUACCUGAUGGCCGAUCUGGGUGAGUUUAAUAGUGGGCGUAGCGAUGAAGUUGUAGGCUUGCUUAAAAUCGGCAUGAAGGAUUUGUAUCUCUUCGAUGAGCUCGGUCAAUCACGUAAGGUGGACAAUGCACCCUGUAUACUGGAUUUCUAUGUACACGAUAAGCGUCAACGCAGCGGUUUGGGUAAAAAACUUUUUCAAACCAUGUUAAGCGAAGAGAAAUGGGAGCCUGUCAAGUGUUCGGUGGAUCGACCGUCGGAGAAACUUUUGGGUUUCUUAAAGAAACACUAUGGGCUGGAGCGUGUCAUACCGCAAGCGAAUCAUUUUGUGCUCUACGAUGGUUUCUUCGAGCAGGAUAAAGCCAAUGAGCAGCCAAAUGUAAUGACGCGUUCGCGUAGAAUGCUUAUGGCCAAUAGAUAUCUAUAGAGAUUGACUUCGACCUAACACCAACUAACUAUACUUAUAAUAAUUUAUACAAAAUUUUUAUAUUUUAUUGAUGUUUAUAAUAUUGUGUAAUGAUCUUAAUAGAGCACAUUAAACGUUUUUAUACCUUAUAUAUAAAUUUAAAAAUAUAUAUUUAGUUACUCGA